GGUUGGGAGAGAGAGAGGAAGAGCGGGUAACUUUUAACCAGAGAGAAACUCACCGCCGCAUCCUAUCUCGAGACUGCUGGCAUCCGCCAGAAACAGCGCGCGGACGCUGUGGAAAUAUGUGAUUAUUUUUUCUUUCUGUCUCCGACAGGUAUCUUUAUUUUACAGAGGAACAAAGAUGAGAAUAAACUACUGUGAAGCCUCUUGCUUCCUCAUCAUUCUUCAGACGCUGUGGUGGGGCUUAAAUAGUCAAUGUGAAGAACCAAUCGAAAGCUCCAAACUCAACCUCUCAGUGACCUAUGACCUCCCUUACUUUGUGUCUGACACUCCCAUCCAGAAGCUGUUGGAAUUCAAUGGAACUGUGUACAUAGGUGCCGUCAACAAACUAUACACCCUUUCAAAACAGUUUAAGAAGAUACAUGAGUAUAAUACUGGACCAGUGCAUGAGAGUCCAUACUGCGAGGCAGCAAAGCCAUGCGAUGGUUGCAAAGGCAUGCCCCCUAACACUAACAACACCAACAUGGCCCUGCUCAUGGAGACGUUCUAUGACCUUGAACUCUUCAGCUGUGGCUCGGUUGGGAAUGGUGUCUGCAACCGUCACGUGUUAGAGGAUGGUCCCUUGGAUGCGGAAGUAACUUGUAUGUAUUCGAAGAAGAAUGAAGGCAGCAGUCAUGGUUGUCCAGACUGCCUGGCUGGGCCCUCAGGUACUCAGAUCCUCAACGUGAUGAGUAGCGGCGUAGUGAGGUUCUUUGUUGCGAACUCCGAACCUCUUGACCCAACAGACCCCCGUCUGCAUCACACUAUUUCAGUUAGAAAGAUGAGGGAGACUCAAGAUGGCUUUGAGUUCUUUUCCGAGCAAUCCUACAUGGACUUGGCACCAGGUUUGCGUGGGAACUACCCUCUACGCUACGUCUACUCCUUCCAGAGUGGCCCGUAUGUGUAUUUUCUCACCGUCCAGCGAGAAGGUGGCAGCUCGAACGCCUUUCACACACGAAUCGUUCGCAUGUGCUCAUCAGAUCCGGAGAUUCUGCGAUACGUAGAAAUGCCCUUCGAGUGUAUUUACUCAGAGCGAAGGAGAAAGAAGCGAUCAGCACAGGUAGUUUUCAAUGUCCUCCAGGCCGCACAUGUGGCCAAAGUCGGCUAUGACUUUCAGCAAGAGAUGGGCCUGAAAGAGGGCGAGGACGUGCUGUUUGCUGCCUUUGUCCGCAGUAAGCCUGACUCGCCGGAGCCCACUGCCAGCUCUGCCGUGUGCCUUAUCUCCAUCACAGACAUCAAUAACUUCUUUAGGGAUUUCAUGCAGAAGGGUUACACAAGGAAGCUUUACCACUUUUCAGGAUCAGAAGAGAAAGCCUACAACCAGAGCUUUGUGGGAGAUUCCUUUGGCUGUGGGAAACAUGAAAAGGGCUACCGGCUCGAGGUUACGAGCACCAACCCACGGCGGGACUACUUCCACGGACGGUUCCGGAAUGUUCUUCUCAGUUCCAUAGCCGUAGUACCGAUUCAAAAUCACACAGUGGUCAGCCUAGGCACAGCUGAAGGGCGGGUCAUCCAGGUGGUGGUUUCCCGCUUUGGCAAGACAGAGCCACAUGUGGACUUCCGCUUGGACACGCUCCCUGUAUCCUCAGAGAUGGCCCUGCUGUCUCCACAGUGUCAGGACGGCUCCUUAUUGUUGGUGACAGGAAACAAGGUUUCUAAAGUUCCUCUGAUAGGCCCUGGCUGUGAACAGUUGUGGUCCUGUAGUUCUUGUCUUCUGGCUCCAGCUUUCAUGGGCUGUGGAUGGUGUAAGACCACUGAUCGCUGUACAAGAGAUUCUCAGUGCUCCCCCUUCUAUUGGAUCCAGGACUCCUGCCCCCUCCUCAUCACCUCGAUUUCUCCUUCCUUUGCUCCGCUUGGUGGCCACACCAAUAUGACAAUCUGUGGCAAAAACUUUGGUUUUAAUAAGAAAGACCGCUUUGAUACCAAGCUGAUCGAGGUGACAGUUGCUGGAAUAAAGUGUAAAUUGGAAAGGAAAGACAGUAGCAAUAAUCGGUUGGUCUGCGGACUCGAUCAGGUGAACGCAUCCAACGUUGACUCUGCGGUCAGGGUGCGCAGUGGCAAGGAACAAGCCAAGAAAGAUGGUUUCUCAUUUGUGAACCCAAUUAUCACAGAGAUCUUCCCGGAGUUUGGACCCAAGUCUGGAGGAACGAUGCUUACUAUAAGGGGUUCAUACUUGGACAGUGGAAAUUUGCAACUGGUUACCAUGGGAAAUGCUACCUGUGUGCUACAGAGUGUAUCAGCCACAAUGUUGACAUGUCGGACUCCACCUCAGCCACCACUGUCUAAACACAAGGUACUGCUGCACAUCGAUGGAGUGAUUCGUGAAGCUCCCAUCAGCUACACCUAUAAUGAGAACCCACACAUCUCCAGUGUCCAGCCUAAACACUCCUUUAUUAGUGGAGGAAGCACAGUGACAGUGAAUGGUAUGUACCUCCAAUCAGCCCUUCAACCUCAGAUGGUUCUCACCGCCGCCACAGAGGGCAAAGUCUUCCAAGUGACCUGCAGUCAUGAUGAGGACAAGCAAAAUAUCCUGUGUAUCACUCCUUCCCUGAAGGGCCUCAAUGUUCAGCCUCCUGUUGCCACAAAAAUGACCUUUGUGUUAGAUGGUUUCUCCACCGAUCAAUAUGAACUACUGUAUGUAGAAGACCCCAAGUUUGAGGAGUUUCAGAAGCCCACCGUUACACCAAGAGGCAACAAGAGCAUUCUGGAGAUUAAGGUCCCUCCUGUGAAUCAAGAGGCAGUGAAAAACGGAGAGGUGCUGAGAGUUUCGAACCGGACCUGUGAGAGCGUUACUCUGGUGGGCAACACACUUGAAUGCACUGUGCCCAUGGAGCUCCAGACAGCCACUAAAGAGCUGGAGGUGGAGUGGAAGCAGGCCACAUCCUCUGUAAUCCUGGGUCAUGUAGUGUUGGCUCAAGACCAGGACUAUAGGAUACUGAUCACAGGUGGCAUCUGUGUGUUCAUCUUACUGCUGCUCCUGAUCGGAAUCUUUGUUUGGAUCAAAAGGAAGAAGCAUAUUGAUGAUUUAGCUAAGGCUAUGGUUUGGUAUGACGGCCGGGCUCACAUUCCGCACUUGGACAUGUUGGCAAACGCGAGGAGUGUCAGUCCAACUAAUGAAAUGGUCUCUCACGAGUCGGUGGACUAUAGAACCACUUUGCUUGAGGACCAAAACUUGCCUCUGUCGCAGACAGAGUCUUGCCGGCCUCAUCUCUACACCCAUGCCCAUGUGGAUCUGUCCCCCAUGCUCGGGGCAAUGGAAGGGGACAUGGCAUCUCCAUUGUUGCCUUCUAACGCACCCAUAGAUUUGGGCAGCCUCCACCCUGAGUUGCUGAAAGAGGUGCAGUAUGUGGUUAUUGCCCGGGAAGAUCUGCUUUUACACGUGAAUGAGAUCAUCGGGCGAGGGCACUUUGGCUGUGUGUUCCACGGGACCCUGCUAGAACCAGAUGGCCAGAAGCAGCACUGUGCAAUCAAGUCCUUAAACCGAAUCACUGAUAUUGAGGAAGUAUCUCAAUUCCUGAAGGAGGGCAUCAUCAUGAAAGAUUUCAGCCAUCCCAAUGUGCUCUCUCUGCUGGGUAUCUGCCUGCCCAGCGAGGGCUCACCUCUUGUCGUGUUGCCGUACAUGAAACACGGUGAUCUGCGCAACUUUAUCAGAGAUGAGACUCACAACCCCACUGUGAAGGAUCUGAUGGGUUUCGGGCUGCAGGUGGCUAAAGGAAUGGAAUAUCUCGCUAGCAAGAAGUUUGUACACAGAGACCUUGCGGCCAGAAACUGCAUGCUGGAUGAGAGCUACACAGUAAAGGUGGCUGAUUUUGGUCUGGCCAGAGAUGUGUAUGAUAAAGAGUACUACAGUGUGCACAACAAACACGGGGUGAAGCUGCCCGUCAAAUGGAUGGCAUUAGAAAGUCUGCAAACCCACAAGUUCACCCCCAAAUCAGAUGUAUGGUCGUUUGGCGUGUUGCUAUGGGAACUCAUGACCCGGGGUGCCCCACCUUACUCUGAUGUGAACUCCUUCGACAUCACAGUCUUCCUCCUACAAGGCCGAAGACUGCUACAGCCAGAGUUCUGCCCGGAUCCACUAUACAAUGUAAUGAUCGAGUGCUGGCACCCUAAACCAGAGCGCCGCCCCACCUUCUCAGAGCUAGAGUCCCGCAUCGCUGCUAUCUUUUCCAGCUUCAGUGGCGAGCACUACAUCCUCCUCAACACCACAUACGUCAACAUCGAUAAGAUGACACCCUACCCCUCUCUCAUCUCUUCUCAAAGUAACCUCGACCGUGACUGCUGCACCUGAAAAAAAAAGACCAGACAGAGGGAGGGUCAGAAAGAGGGCGAGGAAAAGAACUUAAGACACUGGACUCACUGCCAGGGAUAGUUUUCAUUAAACACUCCCUUAAUCACUGUAAAUAGAUUAUGAUGAGCCGUGACCUGUGGAGUUGAGGAUCUCCACUCAAGCACGAGAUGGUCGCGCUCCCCUGGGACAGAGGCCGAAUUCCACCUGAAGCAAGUUAAGGUGCAAAUUGACAGCCUAAAGCAGUUGCUGUACUAAAAACCCUUUUUUCAAUGGGGGCGUGUCUAUAUAAGGGUUUGUUUUUGGAAAGACAUUAAAGCUGUCAUUCCAUUAAUGCUUCAUCUGUUCAUUGUAUGGCUGUAUUCAGAUGCUUCCUGCAGUCUGUGCCCAUCUGAUUCAUUUAUACUCCUGACAGACGCUGUACUACCACACGACUACAAGACCAUUUUUGAUUGGUCAAUCAGAUGGUUUUAAAAACAGAAACGCUUCAGUGGCAUUGCAUUCUCUGGGGUAACCGAGUGUAUGUUGAUCAUUUUAUUUUCUGUGAAAAAUGUAAUAUAACGUUGUGCAUGCAUUCGUACUAUGAACUGAACGCAGCAUAAUGAAGUUAUCAUUGGAACACUGGACAGAUUACAUGUGAAAUUUGCCUACAAAUCUGUCAAUGUUCUUUUGUGGCUUUGUACUUCAGGAAAAGGACAUUUAGUUUCAUAAUUAGACAAAUUCCUUUUACAGUAUGAAUCAUCCGUUGCAGUUUUUUUUUUUCUUUCUUUUUUUUUUUUUUUUUUGUACAACUUGGCCAUUUUAAUCUUUGCAACAAGACUUCUAUACUUCUAUAGAAUCUGUUUAAACUUAGUGUCAAACUAGCAUAUUACUAAGACUACAUGUAAUCAACUCACCUUUUUCACAUUUUCUGCACUGACUGGGCGGGAAAGUACGAAAUAUAUUUAAAGUCAACAUGAAACAGCAUUUGCAACCAAUUUAUGCGUUAUGUGCCAUGUUUCAGAGUGAAUCUUGAUAUUCAAUUAGAAAAAUUGGAUAUAAAAUUGGUUAUAAACUUUACCUGUCAAAGGCGGAGCAAGAAUUACAUUUUGAUGAAAGAUUGCAGAAGAAUAUUUUCUUUGGAAUUUCUUUAGACCGAAUAAUUAUGCUCAAAAAGACCAGGAACAUGUAUUAAGAUUGAUUUCAUGUUGACUUUAAAUAUGAUUCAGUGUGUUAAAUGGAGCUCGGACUUAGUACUUUUUAGUAUAAAAUUUUCCAAAAUAUUAAUAAACAAUAGCAAGGGCAUAGCCAGGAAAUUACUUUUGGGUGGGCCUCCAUAAAAAUUGAGUGGCCAAGUUUUCGCCCAAUUAUUAUUUUAUUUUUUUAACCAAAUGUUCCUCAACAACAGAGAAGCGGCGCAUUCAAACAUUCUUUCACAAUUUCAGAAAUCAGAAUUUAUGCAUUUUUAAAACUGUUUUAUAAAUAUAUAUUUGAAGUCAAAGAAUAAUCUUUAAUAUUCCCAUUCUGUGGUCCUAGGUGUAAUUUGGCUGGGCCUAGACCCACCCCGGCCCAACCUUGGCUACGCCACUGGGUGUGGCAUCUAUAGAUCUUUGUGAAUGACAGCAGCAGAUUACAUGCAGGCCUGCAUAUUGCUAUGUAGUGAAGAUGACAAUGUGUGAAUGUGAAUGUGUGUUGCCAUAUCAGACUACUGGUUGAUGUAAAUAAUUUGUCUCUCUACCCUUCUUGUCUGACUUGCUGUGUGAUACAUGUAUAUAUAGCCUAUGAACACAGCAUACAAUUUAGACAGAUUGGUACCAAUCAAAUAAGCCAUUAGUUCAAUCAACAUUUUCAUUUUUAUCUCUAUGCGAGUUAAAAUUCUAGUGUACUUUAUACAACUGACCAAUAAACAGGUUAAAUCUUAAAUCAUGUAGUAUAACAUUUUAUGUUUUGCCAUUUACAGUAUCUGUCUGUUUUUAUUUGAGACUGUAACUGCGACACUGUCUCCUUGUGAUGUCUCUACAAGCAGAGAGAAAUGACUAAGAGAUAGUACAUUACAAUAUUUCUGCUGUUCCAGUUACAAUAAUAAAGUUUUUCCACAAAUAA